AUGUGUACAUCAAACUGUUUGAAAAUCCGGUCGUUCGCCGAAAAAUACACUUGUCAAAAGCUUCUUCGUUUUGCUGACAAGUAUAUAUUGUAUCAUUUCCAGGAGGUUAUUGGCUCUGAGGAUUAUCUUCUACUCUCUUUCAGCCAGAUACUCAAUCUAAUUUCCAGCGACGAGCUCAAUGUUCGUUCAGAGGAACAGGUAUUUGCCGCAGUCAUUGAAUGGGUAAAAUUCGAUUUGACAACACGAAAGCAGUUUCUCUUCAAAUUGCUGGAACAUGUACGACUUCCUAUUUGUCACCCAAAAUUUUUGGUCGAUACGAUUUCUAAGAGCGAACUGGUGAAAUCGGAUGCAGGCUGCCGAGAUCUUGUGGACGAAGCCAAGGUGGGUAAUAUUCCUGGAAGUGCAAUUGCCCGCUUUGAUUACGUUUGUCUCCUAUUUCGGGACUAUCAAUUGCUGGAUUUCUGCAUGAUUGAACGUCUGAGUUUGCCUGAAUAUCGCGUUCGACCACGGAAAGUGUUCUGCGGUGAAAUAUUAUACGCCGGAGGAGGUUGGACUGACGGUCGUCCGAACACAUCGGUAGAGCGCUUCGAUCCAGCAGAGGCUAAUGCGGCAUGGCAGCAGGUUCCACCCUUGAGCAAGAAAAGGGACGGUCUUGUAGUACUGGACCAUAUGCUCUAUGCCAUUGGUGGAUGUGAUAAUGGAACUUACUGGGACACUAAUGAAAGG